AUGGAUCCCGAUAUACCGACGCCCUCGAUAGAGCAUGACGGCCCUCACGAGGCCAACGGUGUGUUCACCACAACAACCCCAGGUCUCGUGUCACCCUCGAUCCGGGUGAAUCAUCAAGACCACAAAGACAAAGAUCACACCCACGCGCACCCCAACCUGCUGAGUGCUGCCGCCCAAAUCCCCCUCCCGCCCUCUUCACCCAUGCGCAGUCCCUACCACACCCCCGCGCCCUCCAAGACCAAGUCUCUGUCGCCGAAACCGCCUUCGCGCUCGCCCUCUGUCGCAAGUUCAUAUCGAGGCGAGAGACAAGAGAGACAGUCCACCCCAACCCUGGCCACCAGAAGGUCAACCUCCAGCCUGAGUAAUACCAGGGGCAGCACACCUCAAUACCGUCGAGCCUCCUCCAACCUCAACCCUCUCUACCCCGCGGCAAAUGGCAUGAUGUCGCUUCCAGAACGCCCUGCUGUUACGGCCAAUUCGGUGGCCAAGGAUUACUUUGGAAAAGAGUUGGAGGCUCAUGUUUCCCUACAAUCCCCCGUGGUGGUCAUCGUCCAUGAUUCGUGCUAUGGACAUCGCUUUUCGCGCCCGCGCACCUCAAAGAAUGCCCUCGCCACAAUCGUCGAGCGGCCGGAAAGAAUCCACGCCACCUUGCUAGGAGCGUCGGCUGCCUAUGUGCGCUUGGGAGGGCGGCAUGCUGACGGUGAAUAUGCGCCAUGCCCGAAGCACGAAACCUCGCGCGUGUGCAACAUUCCCUUCCAGAUCCGCAAGACUUCGCGGAUCAUUCCUCUCACCCACCCCUCUGUCGCUUUCGUCCACGGAUCAAAAUGGAUGGAAGAGCUGCAAAUCAUGUGCGACACCGCCGAGGGGAAAUUGGCCUUUAAUGGGAAAGAGCUGGUAAGACCAAUUGGUUAUGGCAAGGACGAGAAUGGGAAUCCCCUCCCAAAAUUGCAUGAAGGCGACCUCUACUUGUGUGCGGAAUCACUGGCUGCUUUCCAGGGCUGUCUUGGUGGGGUCUGCGAUGCCGUCGACACCGUCUUCUCUUCACCUCUUACCAAACGAGCCUUUGUCUGCAUUCGACCUCCAGGCCAUCAUUGCUCGUCCGAUUAUCCGUCGGGCUUCUGUUGGCUGAACAAUGUUCAUGUGGGAAUUGCGUAUGCGGCUAUGAAUCACGGAUUGACACAUGCCGCCAUUAUAGAUUUCGAUCUACAUCAUGGAGAUGGUUCCCAGAACAUUGCCUGGAACCACAACCGAAAGGCACAAGGCGCGGCGAAGAAUGCUGCAGCGCACAAGAAAACCCCUAUUGGCUAUUACAGCCUCCAUGACAUCAAUUCCUAUCCCUGUGAGUGGGGUGACGAAGAAAAGGUGCGCAAUGCAAGCUUGUGCAUCGAAAACGCUCAUGGCCAGUCGGUUUGGAAUGUCCACUUGGAGCCUUGGACAAGCCAAGAAGAGUUCUGGAAACUGUACGAGUCCAAGUAUAUGAUCCUACUUCACAAGGCCAGGAUGUUCCUGCGCCAUCACACGGCCAAGUUGCGCGCUUCUGGAAACCAGUCUCCGAAGGCUGCCAUCUUCAUCUCAGCGGGCUUUGAUGCAAGCGAGUGGGAAGGUGCAGGCAUGCAGAGGCACAGUGUCAAUGUUCCAACAGAGUUCUACGCACGUUUCACGUCCGACAUUGUCCGGCUUGCUCACGAAGAUGACGUCGGCGUCGAGGGUCGAGUUAUCAGCGUUUUAGAGGGCGGCUACAGUGAUCGCGCUCUGACUUCAGGUGUCCUGAGCCAUAUAUGUGGUAUGGCGGGUGACAACCAUACCGCGAAUGGCAACGGUCCGUCAGAGGGCCAAGGGAAUGGAUUUCAAACAAUCAACAACUGGGUACAAGACAUACCUUCCUCUGCGGCCGGGCAACACUUUACCUACUCAGCGGAUUGGUGGGCUCUUCAAAAUCUAGAAGAGCUUGAAGCUGUCGUCGCAGGUCGACAACCUCCAACUUCGAAAGCUAAAGAUAAGACGGGAAACUACUCUUCACCAACGCAAGCGUCUACGCUGAAGAUGACCGACCAUGCUCGCGAGAGACGGUCGUUAUCAGCUUUGCAUGCCAGGCUCUCUCUAGAGGCUGGAUAUGAGCCUCCGCCCCCUGACGUUGACUGGGCCAUAGCUUCAUAUGAGCUGUCUCGUGUCAUUAUCCCUAGUGAUCGCCAAACUUUGAGUUGUACUCAUGAGGAACUCAAUGCCGAGGCCACACGUGUACGACGGGAGCGACAGUCGACUGUCGGCUUACCUCCUGGGCCUGACGAACGGAUGCAACUGCGUGAUCGAAAGCCAAAAGCAGCCCCUGCAAAUCUCUCAGCUACAAGAGCAAUGUCGCGGAAUGGUAAUCGGCGCACAACCAUCGCGGCAGUUAGUGACUUGCCUGAUCCGAACAUGGAGCAUCCAGACCUACCUAACGGGAGAAUGCGUCGAAGAUCUAGUGAUGCAUCGAGCAUCUUGUCGAGUUUCCAAGGCAUGAAGUUGUCCGAUCAGGGUGCUGGCGAUGCAGAGAUUAUGCCAAAACCUCCAAAUGCACAAGUACCUUUAAGGGCACCCCCGACCGCCCCUGGGAAGCCAGUAAAGGCUGUCGCCGUAAAGAAGACGAGAGUACCACCUACCACAAGAGCACCGACAAAGCCAAAGACCAGCCCUCGGAGGCAGAAACCUGUCCAAUCAGCUGCUACCGUCUUGUCCGAGACCAUAACUUCUCCCAGCAUUGCUCAGGAAAGUAUGGCCAAGCGAGAGCCAUCUUCGCCUCCCUUAAACGGUAGCAAGGAGGUGUCAACUAAGGAAGAGAUGGACAACCUGACAAAUGGGAUGAAGAAGAUUUCGAUCAAAUUGAAAAUGCCGACUGCAGAAGAGCACGCCAACAAACCGACCCAGAAGAUUGUUGAGGAUAAACAGAAGAAGCCCCGUGCACCGAGGAAACCGCUUCUACCUAAAAAUCCAAAGCUCACUAAAACAGCUCCUAUUGCAAACCCCGGUGAUCCUGUCAGCACACAGACAAAGCUCCCACAAGACGGCUCUCAAGUGCUUCCUCAAACAGCCGCAAGGAUACCUGGAAUGGGAGUGUCUACUGUUAUUGCUCAACCUACGCCACCCCUCAGCGAGAAUUCUCCACAGGAAGACAAAGGCAUGCAUAUGUCUCUACCAUUCAAGACACCGCAAGGAGUGCAUGGACAGCAAGAAUCACAGCAGUCGACGACAAUCGAACCGACUGUUGCUGUGCAUAUUGCCGACGCGCAAGCUCCAAUAACUAACCCCCCCUUCGUUCUUCCUCCACCACCAAGCCCGCAAGUACAACAAAAAACAGCCGAGGAUGCUUCACCGGAAGUUCCUUUGUCUCUUGGAACGGACAAUCCAUUCCAGAGAACAAAGCAGGACCUGCCUGUCUUUACUUCAAGCUCUCCCAUUCCAUUUGCGGCCCCCACUCAGGAAGAGCAACACUUGAGAGCACACAACCACGAACAAGCUACAAACCAGCAGACUUCGGUGAGGGAUAUUCCUGAGAUAUUGCAGCAGAAGUGA